AUGGAAGGUCAGAAGCCGCGUGUAUUAGAGAAUCCACAAGGCGAACGCACCACUCCGUCCGUAGUCUGCUAUGAUUCCCGCGAGGGAAGAAUUCUGGUAGGUAGGGACGCCAAAAAACAGGCCGAAAUCAACCCCGAGGUUAUUACUUCUAUCAAAAGUGUAAUGGGGCAAAAAGUCAAAAAAAAGUUGGGCGGAAAAGAGUAUACUCCGGAACAAAUUUCGGCGGAAAUUUUGCGUUAUUUGGUAAGUUGUGCCGAGGACAAAUUAGGAAAAAAAAUCACUCGGGCGGUUAUCACUGUGCCGGCUUAUUUUAACGAUAGUCAGCGUCAAGCCACCAAAGAUGCGGGAAAAAUUGCCGGCUUGACCGUGGAAAGAAUCAUUAAUGAGCCCACAGCUGCAGCCCUGGCUUAUGGUUUAGAUAAAGCAGAAAAAGAACAGACUAUCCUGGUUUAUGACUUGGGAGGAGGAACUUUUGAUGUUUCCAUUCUCCAAAUUUCUAAGAGCAGCGAAGGCGAUGUUUUUGAAACCAUUGCUACGGCUGGCAUUCGAGAUUUAGGAGGAGACGAUUUCGACCAAAAAAUAGUUGAUUAUGUGGUUCAGGAAAUGAAGAAAGAGCGAAAGGUUGAUUUAUUGUCUGAAGGAGAAACCGAAAAUGAUAGAAAGGUGGUUAAACAGCGGUUAAAAGAGGAAGCCGAAAAAGCCAAAAAAGUAUUAUCAAAUAGUUCAGAAGCUACGAUUUCUCUACCUUACAUUAUUCCACCGACCAGAGGCAGAUCACCCCACGUGGAAGCAAAAAUUACCCGGGCCAAAUUUGAAGCCCUAACCAAAGAUUAUAUGGAAAGGACCAUGAAAGAAGUCAAUCAAGCCAUUCAAGCAGCUGAAAAGAAAUUAGGCCGAAGUUUGACUAUCGACCAAAUAAUUUUGGUGGGUGGUUCAACCCGUAUGCCAAUGGUAGAAACAUUACUCGAAGCAAAAUUCGGCCAGAAAAAAAUUAAUAAAUCCGUCAAUCCGGACGAAGUGGUAGCAGUUGGAGCUGCCAUUCAAGGUGCAGUUCUGGCUGGUGAUUUUGGCAAAGAUAUCGUGCUUUCAGACGUUACUUCGCUUUCUCUGGGUAUUGAGGUCCAAUCGGCCAGAGGUGAAGAAGGAAUUAACGACAUAAUCAUUCCCCGCAACACCGCUAUUCCUACUUCUAAAACCAAAAUUUACUCCACGGCCGAGGAUAACCAACCGAGCGUUCAUAUUCGCGUUCUCCAAGGAGAAAGACCUCGUGCUUCCGAUAAUAAAAUAGUCGGAACGUUUGAAUUGAGUGGUAUUGCACCAAAGCCAAGGGGCGUUCCCCAAAUUGAAGUUACUUUCAAUAUUGACGUUAAUGGAAUAGUUAAUGUGACCGCACAGGAUAAAGCAACUAAUAAGAAAGCCGAAAUUACUAUCAGCGACAGCCAAAAUUUAAGUGAAGCAGAAAUUCAGAGAAUGAUUAAAGAAGCCGAAGAAAAUCGGGAGAAAGACGAAGAAUAUAAAAGUAAUGCGGAAUUACUCAAUCGGGCUCAAACAUAUUGUCACACUUUUGAAGAGAGAAUUGAAGAAUUUAAAAAACAUAAGGAUUUCAAUGAGAAUGAUGAAGGCUUCAAAAAAUUGGUGGAAUUGUAUCAAGAAUUAAAAGAGGCUACCGACAAAAAAGAUUAUCCGGUUAUUAAAAAACAAUUGAAUAAUAUCGAAGAGAUGAUGAAAUUAGCAAAUGAAUUAACUGGCAAAAUGCCUGCUCAAGAAAAUAAAGAGGAAGAGGCCAACAAGUCGGAAACGGAAAAGAAACAAGCCGAAGCCAAAAUGCAGGAAAUCAAUGAGGCUUACGGAGUUUUAAGUAAUCCCGAAAAACGGCAGAAUUACGACCGCUACGGCAGCGCAGAAGGCUUUCAAGGACCACCAGAAGGUGGUUUUGACCGUAGCGGAGAUUUUUUUAAGGACAUUUUUAAUACCUUUUUUGGUGAGGCCGAUUACUCUCACUCCCGCACCUAUGCCGACCGAACCCGACCGCAGGCCGGAAGUGAUAUUUUAAUCAGCAUUACUUUGACUUUCAAAGAAUCAGUGCUGGGGGUGAAAAAAAAACAAACGGGAGCUGCUUCUCGUAGUGAUAUUGGAGAUUGCCCAGUCUGUCAAGGACGAGGAGUAGUCAAUACUAUUCAAAGAACGAUUUUGGGAACUAUUCGCACCCAAGACACUUGUGCUCGUUGUCAAGGAGAGGGAAAAAUAAUCAAAAAAAAAUGUCGAGAAUGCGGGGGGAAAAAAUUUCUGACCCAGAAAGAAACUAUUGAACUUAAUAUUCCUAGUGGCAUUCAGCCGGACAAAAAACUUCGCUAUCAGGGCAUCGGCAAUGAUGUUAAGGUCAAAGAAAACCCUUAUUUUAAACGCAAGGACAAUAAUAUUUAUGUUGAUUUGCCAGUUUCCUUUUUGGACGCCAUUUUGGGAGGCACUGUUGAAGUAAUUACUCUGGAAACUCACCUGGUGGAUGGAGUGCUAAAAGAUUUAACUAAACUUACCAUACCGGCUGGUAGCCAAUACGGCGAUUAUGUAAUCUUGCCAGGAAAAGGUUGCUAUGUGGGAAUUAAUAAUCCUAGGCGGGGAGAUUUUUAUGUGCGUUUACAAGUCAGAUUGCCUAAAAAAAUUGCUCUUAUUAACGAAGGGAG